AUGCCGCCCGCGGCGACGAGCAGCAAGGUGGCGGUCGGCGGCGGCCACAAGGUCACGACCGUGGCCGACGGCGCUCUGGCGUCGGCGGCGCCCCCCGCGGAGCCCGACGGCGCCGCGUGCGUCCUGCCCCACAGGAUCCCCGUGGACCGCCUCUGCGUGUCCCGGCGGUCGCCGCCCGUGGCCUACUCGACGGGCGCCGACGGCCGCGUCUGCUGCAGCGGCCUGGGCGGCAACGCGCGGGCGAGCUUCGGGGAGCGCGGCGUCGUCGCCGUCGAGAGCUGGCAGUUCGACCUCGCGCUGCUGGAACCGCCGGGGACCAGCCGGGGCUGGCUCUGCGGCGGCGGCGCGCUCGCGGGCACGGCCGUGGGCUGCGUCAAGGUCUGGGACGCCGGCGACGGGCGCCUCGAGCGGUCCAUGACGGGCCACGCGGGCCCCGUGCGGUCCCUCGCCGUCGCGGACCCGUCGGGCGUUUUAGCGAGCGGCGGCGACGACGGCACGUGCCGCAUCUGGGACCUCGCGCGCGAGGGCGCGUGCGUCGCGUGCUCGCCGGCGGCGCCCGACGGCCUGCGGGUCGCGCGCCGCGCCGCGCGGGACGUCUUCGUCGUCGGCGACGCCGCGGGCGCCGCGCGGGCCUGGGACGCGCGAAAGCCCGGCGCGUUCGCCUCCGAGACGGGCGCCGCCGUGCCCGGCGGCGUCGUCGGCCUCGCCGCCGACGGCGACCACUGGUACACGCUCGGCCGGUGCUUCCAGGACUGGGGCGACCCCGCGCGCGCGCGCGGCCUCCCGAAGGCGAGCGAGGUCGCCAAGUGGGACCCGCGAAAGCUCGCCGCGCCGUCGGAGACCGUCGGCUUCCACCAGGACGUCGGCGUCACGCUCGAGCUCUGCGACGCGGGGCUGCUCUCCGCGUCGCGCGACGGCGGCGUCGCGCUCUGGGGCACCGGCGGCGGCCUCGCGGGCGAGCUCCGGUGCGCGCCGGGCCGGUGGACGACGGCCGUGAGCGUCCCCGGGGGCGACCAGGCCUACUGCGUCGGCAGCGACCGCGUGCUGCGGGUCUGGGACUUGGCCGCGGGCGCGACGUCGACCCGCCCCUGCUGCGAGUGCGGCGGCGCGGGCCGCCAGGACCUGCCGUCCGGGAGUUCGUGCGUCUGCGUCGCCUGCCGCGGCACGGGCCGGUCGCCCGUCGACGCCGGCUUCGCGCCGGACGACGACGAGAACGGCGACAACGACGCCGAAACCGAGCGGCCCCGGGGCGACGGCGGCGCCGCGGCCGCGGCGCCGCCGAAGCCGCGGCCGUCGAUCACGCGCGCGCCGUCCUGGCUCGCGAAGCACGCGAAGCAACCGGACGACAAAACCCUGCCGGCGACGCUGCCGACCGUCGCGCGCGUCCGCGCGUCGCGGCCCUUCGCGGCGAACUUCAGCGACCGGCGCUUCGAGCCCGGCGACCUCGUCGUGCUGAGGAACUCGCUCCCGGAGUACAAGGACGCCGCGCCGGCGCUCGUCAAGCGCCAGGGCGCCAACGAGCCGGCGAUCCGCGGCAACGAGGUCGGCGAGAUCCUCAACGACGACCUGAGCAGGGUGCCCUACGAGGUCCGCGGGCCCCGCGGCGGCGCGCCGUCGUGGUUCGAGGCCGUCCAGCUCGCCGUGUGCCCGCCGGAGCGCGCGCCCGCGGGCAAGGUCGCGCUGGCCAAGGCCCGGGGCGCCGCGAAGACGCCCGUGCCGCCGACGCCCCCGGCGAAGAAGGCGCCGUCGCCGACGCCCGCGGACGACGACGACGCGGACGCCUUCGGCGCCAUGUUCGACUUCCGCGCCGCGCCGGCCGCGGAGCCCGCGCAGCCCCCCGCGAAGCCCGCGGUUACGGACGCGGAGCGGCGGGCCCAGCGCGACGCGCAGCGCGCGGCGGACCGCAACGUCGACGACUCCAUGGCCCAGUACAUGGCCCAGAAGGCCGCGCACGCGUCCGCGGCCGGCGGCGGGUCGCGGCGGCCCGCGUCCGACCGCCUCCGCAAGCUCCGCGGCGAGGCCUAA